AUGUUCGGCAAUUCGCCUGCAGGGGGGUUCUCUUUCUCCACGGCCUCGCAGCCUGCAUCCUCCUCCUCGGCCCCAUUCAGCUUCGCCAACCCUUCCGCUCCCAAGAACCCCACUCCGCUGUUCAACUCGUUUGGCGCCAGGUCAGCUACCGGCACGUCGACUUCCCCUACUACCGACAUGGUCGCUGAGACCAACUAUGUCGGCGACGAGGACACUGAUGAGCUCUACCUUGAGCCUCCCGCGUUCUCGGCCAAGGACAAGGCCAAGUGGAAGGCUUCGGGACGCGCAUGGCUGGCUGCUGCCAGCCCUGUCGGUGGAGAGAUUGCUGGCUGGAUCACCAAGCAGCCCUCGUCAGAUGCCAACAAGGAGGCCACGCUCUCUGGUGACCCCUCGCUCACUGUGUCGGACCGUACCGUGCGCCUUGCUGCCAUCAACAACUUUGCGGCAUCCGAGGAGAAGUUCUAUGGCAGCUCGUACACGCUCUUCAGCUCGCUACAGAAGCUUGUGGCCUUGUCCAUGAGGUUACCGACAAGCGAUACAAUGGGCAGCGUGUGGGACAACAAUGGCAACCUCCUCGCCGUUGACGGCUUACUCGGCCCGCCAGCCGCCGAGACUAUUAUCCAGAUGCGUCGCGUGGUCGACUACUACCUCGACGACUUGAACAAGAUGCGCGAGGUGACCGACAUUGACGAUGAUGUCAAGUACCGCUACGAGACAAUGUACCACAUCUUCAACCUCGCCGAGAUUCUCUACCUCCCCGCAGACGGACGCGGCGAGGGCCUGCUUGGCGAGGAGCUUCUCGACUGGGGCAACCAGGUCGACAGGAUCCAAAUCAACGAGCAAGGCAACGAGAUCAUGGCACACAAGGAGCCUUGGGAGCACAUGGGCUUCUGGCCCUUCAUCGUACGCUGCCUCUUGCGCGGCUUCCUCCUCCCCGCUGCCUCCUUCCUGCGCACCCUCCAGACACACCCCCACCCGCCAAUAGCCAAGCUCGGCCAGAUUGUCGAGCGUGCUGUCUCCCGCUUCCCCCGCUCGACCAACACCUCCAUGUACGCCCUCGACCACCAGUUUGUGUCCGCCCACAAGCAAUGGCUCGCUCAGUUCCGCGCCGACAUUGCAGAGUUCCUUGGCGGGCGCGGAAACGGCCACUGGUUCGAUGCGGACGGUAUUUCUGGACGUAGCCAGUGGAUCGAGUGGGAGGAUGACUUUAGGAGUGUCACCGAACUGCUCGAGGGCAAGAAGGAGCGCCUGUUCGCCGAGGCCGCCGACUGGCGUGAGGCCCUCGGCGCUUGGGGCGUGCUUGUCGAUGUGUCGCUGAGGCGAGACGACCUUCCCGGUGUCGUCAAGCGCAUCCUGAACGAGCUCCCCAUCGACUCGACCAUUCUCGAGGACUCGGUUCAAUCGAGCCUGUGCUCCAGCGACAUUAUCGAAGCCCUCAUGGGUUGUCACGACGUUGACCGCUGGCUCGCAGCACACCUUGGCGACGUGUUCGACAAGCUUGCCCUCGUUCCCGAUGACGAGGAGCGCUUUGACAACUCUCUUCGCGACUACUACCUCCUCGACUACGCCGACAUGCUACAGGAGAGCCCCAGUCAGGGUGAGCUGUGGGAAGUAAUUGUCGAAUACCUCAAUUCCUCGGGGCCCGAGGGACGCGGCCGCUUGCGCUCCUACAUUGUCCACGUCGGCACCCGCCUCAACGAGACCAAGGGCAAGGAGGCUGUCUCCCCCGAAGUUAACAGCGGGAUGGAGGUUGAGGGCGAGGAGGAAGCGACCGGUACGGAAGGCCAGCUCUCGCACUUCAAGAAGCUCCACGAGACCUGUGUCGCGUUUAAACUCGAGGAGGAGUGGCGUACCAUCAGCACGAUCGUGGCCGAGCGCCUGAUGCAGCAGGGCGACGUGGGUGUCGCUGCUUCCAUCUGCCUUCUCGCCGAGGACGGAUACACGCUGUCCCGGAUAGCGGAGAAGAUUCUCAACGCCUAUGUCGAGUCGGGCGAGUCCGAGUUCCUUCGCCUCGUCGACAGCCUUCCGAGUACGAUGAUGCAGGAGGCACCUCAAAAGUUCAACGAGCUCAAGCUUCCCGAGAUGGACGACGAGGGCACGUUUGCCGCCGACAGCGGCCGCACCAUCAUGGUCAUGUUUGCGUCGCGCCUCGCUUUCCUGUCCGAGUUCCGCGACUACCUCAUCCACCUGAACCAGGGCUCGCGUGAUAUUGCGGCCAAGAAGCUGGCCCAACUUCUUUCAGCUGAGAUCACUCCGGUGGAGUUCUGGGCCGUGCUCCUGGCUGAGAGUGUGGACCUCUUGGAAGACGACGACAUUCUUCUCAACACUGCCGACACCUUUGACCUCAUGCGUGUUGUUGAGGAUGUGCUUGCGAAUGCCCAGUUUGCACCUGUCGACUACCUUCGCCAGCUGUGGCGUUACCUGGCACGUGUGGACGGUGCCCCUGAAGUUGCCAAUGGCACAAACGGAGUGGCCAAGAGUGGCGGUGACAGGAAACGCGAAGAGGUCAAGGAGGGUACGGCGGCUGCCCUGCGCAAGCUCGAGGUUGUUCGCCUUGCGUUGGCACGUAACCUGAGUCGCGCCCUUGUAGUUGGUACCGAGGGGCCGUUCUAG